AUGCCAUCAAUCCUGUUUAAUCUUGUCAUCGAUGAACUCUUCGAGAUAAUAGGAGAUCGCUUUGGAUAUGAACUCGAAGGUGUGGGCAAAGUCAAUGCUCGCGCUUUCGCUGACGACAUUGCACUAGUGUCCGGGACUGAACUAGGCAUGCAGCAACUUCUUUCGGAAACGGAAAAGUUUCUAACUGCUCGGGGUCUUGAGCUUAACACAGGCAAGUGUAUAUCGAUAUGUCUUUGGAAAGCGGGUAAGGUCAAAAAGUCUCAAAUCGUGGACUCAUCCGUAACAAAUCCACCAAAGUUCACGGUUAAAAAUAAACCUAUCCAAUUGCUUGGAGUCGAUAAGUUUUGUCGUUACCUAGGAGUUCAAUUUACACCACUCGGAGCAGUCGAUCCAAGAGUAUCAGUGUCUGAACUAAAAUCACCAUUGACGUCUCUUGCCAAAGCCCCGUUGAAACCACAACAAAAAGUAGUUAUACUUCGUACAUAUCUCAUUUCUCGAUUCAUCUUUGCAUUUACGCAUACGGAAUGUUAUCCGAAGCUAAUGAGGCAACAAGAUCGGCUCAUUAGACGUUGGCUGAAAGAGACACUUAAACUGCCUCCAUCAGUAUGUAGUGACUUCUUUUAUCUUCCAGUUAAAGAAGGAGGCUUGGGUAUUAGGAAACUAUAUGACAUAAUAGGAAUUGCUAAGAUACGUCUUUAUAGUUCGUUUUUUCGAGCCGGUGACGAAUGUCUACGCUUUCUUGUUGAAACUCAGGGUUCCACUAUGCAUUCUCGUUGGUGCAAUGCUAUGAAGCUUAGCGACCGCCCAUCAGCCGCUGACAUCAAUCAAAGCAAUGUUCUCUUGAUCAAUGAAAGUCGAAUACGACUAGCGGAAACAGUGCACGGCAGUGUUAGUACAGUGUUUCGUGAAAGUCCAAUAACCAAUCAAUGGUUAUCUGGGUGCACACGUAUAAUAAAAGGUCGUACGUACAUCAAAGCAAUACAAAUGCGUACAAAUACAAUACCUACUAGAGUAUCUACUACUCGAGGUCAAAACACUAAUAAAGCUUGUCGCCGCUGUGGUCUUGCAGAUGAAACCUUAAUUCAUAUUCUACAGUCAUGUCCCCUCACACAGGGUACGAGAUGUCGAAGACAUAAUGAUGAUUGUCGAAAGGUAUCAGAUAAAUAUUCAAAGCAGAAAGGUUUUAAACCACUGAAUGGUGUUGGUCAGAAUGUAGCUCUCCUUCACAAUCUAUUAAGACAUGCGCGUACCAACAAGAAUAAUCUUUUUGUGCGUCUACUAGACGUGAGCAAGGCCUUUGAUUCAGUAUCUCAUGACUCUAGGAUGGGUGUGGUGUAG